UCUCUGCUGUCACAGCAUGCCAGCCCUCGCCCCUCCUCGCCGCCUGCCGCAGCUGCUGCUGCUCCGUCUGCUGUCGCUGCAUCUGUUGCUGCUCGCCCUGAGCGCCCGCAGCCUGCGCGCUGAGCCAGGUCAGGGCGCUCAGACCUGGGCUCGUUUCGCGCGCCCUCCCACCCCCGAAGCCGCCGACCUCCUCCACGACACCUUCCCCGACGGCUUCCACUGGGCAGUGGGCAGCGCCGCCUACCAGACUGAGGGCGGCUGGCGACAGCAUGGUAAAGGCGCGUCCAUCUGGGACACGUUCACCCAUCACCCUCUGGCCACCUCGGGUGACUCCCCGAUCGUCGUGGCGCCGUCGGGUGCCCCGUCGCCUCCCCUGCCCGCCACUGGAGACGUGGCCAGUGACAGUUACAACAACGUCUACCGCGACACGGAGGGGCUGCGCAAGCUGGGGGUCACCCAUUACCGCUUCUCCAUCUCGUGGGCACGGGUACUCCCCAAUGGCACCGCGGGCGCCCCUAAUCGUGAGGGGCUGCGAUACUACCGGAGGCUGCUGGAGCGGCUGCGGGAGCUGGGCGUGCAGCCGGUGGUCACUCUGUACCACUGGGACCUGCCGCAGCGCCUGCAGGACGCCUAUGGCGGCUGGGCCAAUCGCGCCCUGGCGGACCAUUUCAGGGAUUAUGCCGAGCUCUGCUUCCGUCACUUCGGUGGCCAGGUCAAGUACUGGAUCACCAUUGACAACCCCUACGUGGUGGCCUGGCACGGGUAUGCCACCGGGCGCCUGGCCCCGGGAGUGCGGGGCAGCUCCAGGCUCGGGUACCUAGUUGCGCACAACCUACUUCUGGCUCAUGCCAAAACCUGGCAUCUCUACAACACCUCGUUCCGACCCACUCAGGGAGGCCGGGUGUCCAUCGCCCUAGGCUCCCACUGGAUUAGUCCAAGACGAAUGACUGACCACAACAUCAGAGAGUGCCAGAAGUCUCUUGACUUUGUGCUAGGCUGGUUUGCCAAACCCGUAUUUCUCAAUGGCGACUAUCCUGAGAGUAUGAAGGCCAACCUCUCGUCUCUUCUGCCUGACUUCACUGAGUCCGAGAAGGCCUUCAUUAGGGGAACUGCCGACUUCUUUGCUCUUUCCUUUGGACCAACCUUGAGCUUUCAACUGCUAGACCCUUACAUGAAGUUCCGCCAACUGGAGUCUCCCAGCCUGAGGCAACUUCUGUCUUGGAUAGAUCUGGAAUAUAACCACCCUCAAAUAUUUAUUGUGGAAAAUGGUUGGUUUGUCUCAGGGACCACCAAAAGAGAUGAUGCCAAAUACAUGUAUUACCUCAAGAAGUUCAUAAUGGAAACCUUAAAAGCCAUCAGGCUGGAUGGGGUCGACGUCAUUGGUUACACCGCAUGGUCCCUCAUGGAUGGUUUCGAGUGGCACAGGGGCUACAGCAUCCGACGUGGACUCUUCUAUGUGGACUUUCUGAGUCAGGACAAGGACCUGGUGCCAAAGUCCUCGGCCUUGCUCUACCAAAAGCUGAUAGAGAGCAACGGCUUCCCUCCUGUACCUGAGAACCAGCCCCUAGAGGGGACGUUCCCCUGUGACUUUGCUUGGGGAGUUGUUGACAACCACAUUCAAGUGGACACCACACUCUCUCAGUUUACUGACCCGAACGUCUACUUGUGGGAUGUGCAUCGCAGCAAGAGGCUUAUUAAAGUGGACGGGGUUGUAGCCAAGAAGAGAAAACCCUCCUGUGUUGAUUUCUCCGCUAUCCGGCCUCAGAUAGCCUUACUUCGAGAAAUGCGAGUCACCCACUUUCGCUUCUCCCUGGACUGGGCCUUGAUUUUGCCUCUGGGUAACCAGACCCAAGUGAACCGCACGGUUCUGCACUUCUACCACUGUGUGAUCAGUGAGCUGGUGCAUGCCAACAUCACUCCGGUGGUGGCCCUGUGGCACCCAGCAGCCCCGCACCAAGGCCUGCCACAUGCUCUGGCCAAACACGGGGCCUGGGAGAACCCCCACACCGCCCUGGCAUUUGCAGACUAUGCAAACCUAUGCUUUAAGGAGCUGGGCCACCGGGUCAAGUUCUGGAUUACCCUGAACGAGCCAAACACACGGAACAUGACCUACCGUGCGGGGCACCACCUCCUGAAAGCUCACGCCCUGGCUUGGCGCCUGUACAAUGACAAGUUUAGGGCAGCUCAGAAAGGCAAAAUAUCCAUUGCCUUGCAAGCCGACUGGAUAGAACCAGCCUGCCCUUUCUCUGAAAAGGACAAAGAAGUGGCCGAGAGAGUUUUGGAAUUUGAUAUCGGCUGGCUGGCAGAGCCUAUUUUCGGCUCCGGAGAUUAUCCACGUGUGAUGAGAGACUGGCUGAACCAAAAAAACAAUUUCCUUUUGCCUUAUUUCACCGAAGAUGAAAAAAAGCUAAUCCAGGGCUCCUUUGACUUCCUGGCGUUGAGCCAUUACACCACCAUCCUUGUAGACUGGGAAAAGGAGGAUCCGUUGAAAUACAAUGAUUAUCUGGAAGUGCAGGAGAUGACUGACAUCACGUGGCUCAACUCUCCCAGUCAGGUGGCUGUGGUGCCUUGGGGGCUGCGCAAAGCACUCAACUGGCUAAGGUUCAAGUACGGAGACCUCCCCAUGUACGUGACAGCCAAUGGCAUAGAUGACGACCCCCAUGCCGAACAAGACGCAUUGAGGAUGUAUUAUAUUAAAAAUUACAUAAACGAGGCCCUGAAAGCCUAUGUGUUGGACGGCAUCAACCUUUGUGGCUACUUCGCGUAUUCGCUUAAUGAUCGCUCAGCUCCAAAGUUUGGCUUUUACAGAUACGCUGCGAAUCAGUUCGAACCCAAACCAUCUAUGAAACAUUAUAGGAAAAUUGUUGACAACAAUGGCUUCCUGGGUGCUGAAACCCUGGGCAGGUUUUGUCCAGAAGAGUACACCGUGUGCACCGAAUGUGGCUUUUUUCAAACCCGGAAGUCUUUGCUGGUCUUCAUCGCAUUUCUUGUUGUUGUUUGUAUUAUUUCUCUCUCUCUUAUUUUUUACUACUCUAAGAAAGGCAGAAGUUAUAAGUAGAGUGGCUUAUAGCUUCCUGGCCCCUUGUUUCAGGAUUGUUGCACACGCACCGCCAGCUGUCAGCCAUUUGCCCUUCUCCAUGUGGGGAGGCCACA